AAGAGGUAUGUAUGCGGAUACCUGUAUAGUUUAGCGCGAUGCUUAUCCUGGUUCUCUGCUGCUGCCCAACUACUCCUAACUGAAAUUCCCUCUUACAAUUCGUACAAUGGCGGCAACCCACAGCAUAAAAUUCUCGAAUCCAAACCCAAUUGGCUUGUUGUCUUCCUCAUCCCCACCUCCAUUUUCAGCAAAACUCCCAAACAAUAACGUCUCUAAUUUUUUCGGCGCCAGUCUUUCUACAAUUACCAGCUACCAAAAUUCGGCCCCAACUCUGUCAAGAAGGCUCGUCUUGACCUCAGUUGCUGGGAUUUGGGACGCCUUAUCCGGUGGCGGCUCCGCUCGUGAAGCUGUCACCGCUGUUCGCCGAGGAAUGCUUCUAUUCAGACAGGGUGAUGUUCAAGGUUCCGUGGUUGAGUUUGACAAGGCUAUUGACCUCGAUCCUCGUCAAAAAGCAUAUCUUUGGCAGAGAGGAUUAUCGCUAUACUAUCUUGAUAGAUUUGAAGAGGGUGCGGAGCAAUUUAGACUAGAUGUUGCACAAAACCCAAAUGACACUGAAGAGUCAAUAUGGUGCUUUCUUUGUGAAGCUCAGUUGUAUGGUGUUGAUGAAGCUAGAAAACGAUUUUUAGAGGUUGGUAUAGAUCCCCGGCCUGUCAUGAGAGAAGCUUACCGCAUGUUCAAAGAUGGCGGGGACCCAGAAAAGCUUGUUGCAGCAUUUUCAAGUGGCCGGGAGAGCGAAUAUUUCUAUGCUUCUUUAUAUGCCGGCCUUUAUUAUGAAUCUGAGAAGAAAAGUGAUGAAGCUAAACACCACCUAGUUGCUGCAUGUAAAUCUUGUUACGGUUCAAGGUCUGACGACUACAUGGCAUCGCUCGCCAAGGUUCAUUGUGCUUGCCGAAAUUGGGCACUCACUUGAAAGAAUAAGAGGAGCGCUCAUCGCUUGAUUCUGUAGUAUUUCUCUCAGCAAUUUGUUUCCCUUCGUCAAAGAGGCCAACUCUGGAUCACGCGAUUCAGUGUUUCAUUUUAUCUUAUUUACUAGCUGAAAAUAGUGCGUAAAAACUAAAAAGUAAGGAAAAACGAUAGCAAAGAAAGCACUCGACCUGUUUCUGUAUACAUUCCCUCUCUCUAUUGCUAUCUGCAUAACCAAAUCCAGUUAUCCGUAAUGAGAAUGAUUUUUAUUCUAA